AUGACAACGAUUGUUUCUGAUACUAACUUUAGAAUUGGGAUUAAGCUUUUGAAGCAGAAGAAGGGGAAGGAGGAAGGCCUGAAGGUUGCGUAUGUUGAGUUUGACUCGGUAGAGAUCACUGAAAGUGUAUUUGGAGAAGGGACAGCAAAGAUUGGAGGAGCAGUGAGGAGUUUGAGAUAUGCAAAGAAGAGGGCACCGAAGUUUGGAGAGAAAGGAGUUGUUUCUGAGAAGAAGAUUUAUGUGUCUGGGAUUCCGUUGGAUACAGAAAAGGACGAUCUUUCGAAGCUUCUGGGGAAAUGCACGAUUUCUGGCCUGGAAAAGCGCAAUGGAUAUGUUUUUGCAGAAUACAGCACGCACAAGGAGAGGGACGAUGCAAUUAUCAGGAUCAACAACAGCAAGUUUAACGAUACAACCCUGUCUGCAAGCCCAGCAUAUGAACGGCCUGUUCUAAGAGCCUCAAGCUUCAGCAGCAAGAGGAGCAGCAGUAGCACUGAUUAA